AUUGCCUUCUGCACCCCUAUUGUUUUUAUGUUAACUUUACGUUGCCGUCAGACGCUCAAGAAGACUGAGCCCUAACCCUGAUUAGAUGUUCAAAUGUGGGAGACUCGGCGAUUGGCGAGACCUAACCACCUGCACCAACAUCACAUGAGCGGCAGCCAUGGCCAGCGACUGCCGUGACCAUGGGUCGAAGAAACGUCUUGUUGUGUUUCGACGCAUUUGGAACCCUUUUCAAGCCUAGACAACCUAUCGCAGAACAGUACGCAGCUGUUGCCCGAGAAUGUGGGCUCGGCGGCUUCAGCACUGAGCAGCUGCAAGCGGCAUUCAAGACCGCCUUCUCGGGAGAAUUGAAGGCGCAUCCCAACUAUGGUAGGGCGAGUGGCAUGGGCGCCGAGAAAUGGUGGACGAAUGUGAUCCACAAAACCUUCCAGCCGCUCAUCGGCCCGAGCAGGACGCUGCCCGCGGCCCUGGCUCCCAGACUCCUGCACCGUUUCUCAUCCCGGGAAGGCUACAGCCUUGCCCCCGGGGUGGACUCCCUGCUCCGCUCACUCAAGCACCAACAACACCAACAGCAGCAGCGCUCAUCCGUCACAGUCGGUGUCAUCACCAACUCGGACGACCGAGUCCCCAACAUCUUGUCAUCUCUCGGUCUCCGCAUCAGCCCCCUGCGCUUCGGGGCCAGUAUCUACUCUGCCGACACUACCAGUAACAGCCACGGAGAAUACGACAUUGACCUGCACUGCUUGUCCUACGACGUCGGCUACGCCAAGCCCGACAGGCGCAUCUUUGAUGCCGCUCAGGACAUGGCGAGCCAGAUACUAUCAGGAGCAGUAGCACCGGAGCAGGGAGUGAAGUCUGGUGGGGGGAGGAGCAGUAGCGGAGCGGCUAGGGAGGAUACAGCCUGGUUAAAGCUGCACGUCGGCGAUGAGUUUGAGAAAGAUAUCGUGGGUGCACGAGACGCCGGAUGGAACUCGGUUUUUGUUGGGACGGAUGCUGACAUGGCUGCUCGAGACAACAUGAACGUGCUGGAUCUGGCCCGUUUGGCUAGGAGUGGGCUGGAUGAGGUCUUCCCAGAGAAUGGUACCUCGCCUGUGACCAUCAGGGCGGAUAGUACACAGUCUUUUCUCCAAUGGCUCAUAGAGCGGCCAAGCUGAGGUUGGCAUCAGCAUUCAGGGGACGGUAGGACAGGGGGUGCUGAACGGUGCUCAACCAAAUGCAGCAUAGGAGGCAGACUGAAUGUACACAUAACGAGCCCACGAGGCCGCCAUUAGCAACUAGCCUCACAAAAAUGGCAUGGUGCUUGCUUCGAUGAGCACCUGAAUCACCCAACGGCCAUCGCGAGUUUUGCCUAGCGGGUACCGUUCAGCAACACAUAAUAGAGCGGGACGGAAGUGUAUGAGACAGGGCAGCUUGGG